CCUUCUGGUGGCGACGAUCCAACAUCAGCGCGUCCAAGACGACAUCGACGGUUUUGUGUAACAUCAUCAUCAUCACACAGCAACAGCGACAAUGACUGCGGCUCAGUCCUUCUUCCUCCAGCCCGCCACCAUCCUACGGAUGUUGGAGAUUUUGUGCGCCAUCAUUGUGUUUGGUGUUAUUGCUGACAAUGGCAAGGUUGGCGGCAGCAGUAUCUUCAACAGCAACGAGGAUGCCAACGGGCUCGGUAUCGCCAUUGGUGUCAUGGCCUUCAUCGCCGCGUCCCUCAUCCUGGCUGUCGGCUUCAUCUCGGUCACCUCCAGCCUCUUUGCACAGAACCAGCGCGUCGUCAGCAUUGCCGUCUUCGGUCUCGACGCGUUCUUCUCGCUGAUGUGGUUCAUCACGAUGAUUGUGCUGGCUGCGGAGUGGGGCAAGGUGAACAAGAGCGGUUCCAACAAAUACGUCAACGCGGGCAACUCCGCUGUCGCAUUCAGCGUCUUCAGCUGGUUCCUCUGGAUGGGCUCUGCGUUCUUUUCGUUCCGCAAGAUGUCUGAGCCCGAGGUUGAGACGUACGACUACAUGGGCCAGGCCGACCCCUCCCCCUCGGUCCAAUACGAGCAGUUCCCGGACCAGGGCGAUGUCCCGGCCCCAUACGAGGGCGCAGCAGACGUGCCCCCCUUCUAACUUCUUACCCCCUCCCGGCUUUGUUUGUGUCGUGGAAUUGGGUGUGUUGUCACGGGUGUGUUGCGUUUCUGUGUUGUCGUGGCGUUGUUGAAUAUCGUUUGCGUGCUGUGCCUCGUGUUUCGUUUGAUUGCUGUCCUGCCGUGUUGGUCGCUGCCGCUGCUGCUGCCCGGUGUCAGCAGUGCCCCUGCCCUCCCCCUUGCUGCGAGCGGAUGUUUCAGUUGCGCUCCGAAAGGGAGGCCCAAUGGCAUGUCACAUCACGUCCCUUUGCCAUUGUGUCCUCUUGGUCUUGGUUGUCCACUUUGUCAUCGUAAUCGAUCCCCCAGUUGCUCGUCAUCGUUCUUGUUGCACUGUUGUUGUCUGUUGUCUGUUGUUGUUUGUUGCUUUCUGUUGCGUGCACCUUCGUGCCUUGCGUGUGUUGUACUUUUUUCCCCUCAGCAAUGCUAGCCAUUCAUACGUGUGCGUGUUUUUUUUUGUUUGUGUGCAUAGCUGUUGAUGCUCGCGUGGUCUUUUUUGUGCUUGGACGAUGCAUUAGAUAUUCGUGGCUG